GGCAGGGCGCAUGUCUGUCUGCCUGCUGGCCGUCCGGUCCGCGCACUGCGCUCGGCGCAUCAGUCAAAUUUAUUUCGUCGGAGGCGCUUGACGUCUCGCCGCGGCUCGGUCAUUUUAAUUAUUAAUUAUCAGAAAUUAAAGUGAUAUUUUGUGAAUUUGUGAUCCAAGAGGAACUGAGAAACAGCGUUCAGUGAUAACAACCUUUUGAUUUACUUGGUUCUAUCUUCGGAACCAAGUAAAGUAUUACUCAGUAUGGAUUGGGCCGUGCCAGGAGGAAUGCCGGAGAUCAACGAUGUCUUCGAUGAAGUCACCAAGAUCACCUCGGACUUGCUCCCCAAAAAUUACAGCGGCGAUGUGCGGUCCACGAGAGCCGUCCAGGACUUAGUGGCACGUAUCAUCGACCAGCUCGGGGAGGAGUCCGCCGCAGCCCAGGGUCUUAACAAAGUGAUCACGAGCUCCGAAAAAUUGCGGAAAAAUCCCGGGCACAUCGUAUACCUUCUUAAAGACCACCGAGGCAAAGAGGGAAAAGGAGAAAUUAUCGGAUUGUUAAAAGUGGGGCGCAAGCACUUGUUUUUAUUCGAUAAUAAAGAGGUGGUGCACGAGGUGGAACCUCUUUGCGUACUGGAUUUCUACGUGGUGCGCGACCGCCAGCGCAUGGGCUUCGGGAGAAUGCUCUUCGACCACAUGCUCCACGAGCUGGAGGUCAUGGCCUGGCAAAUGGCCAUAGACGGCCCUUCGGAGAAGAUGGAAAAGUUCCUGUCCAGGAACUUUGGUAUUGAAAAACUAAUACGGCAGAAUAACAACUUUGCCGUAGCACCCAAUUUCUUCGACAGGUCUGACGACGAGAUCAGCAACUCGGGUGGCGGUCUGUCGGCUGUCCCGACCGCUGCUGUCGGACGCUUCGCGGCGCCAAAGCCAGCUUCAGCUAUAGCCAACGUCAUACACGGCGCCGGGCACGAGCACGCAGCGCGUCGCUCGGAGUCCGCUCCUGUGCCAGAAGAUGAAGCUCCCGAGGCGAGCGCUGCGGUCGCCAAUGAGGGCCAACCCAUACGCUAUUACCCUGAAGAACUGUGGGAUGACGACGACUGGGAAGAGCCGUCGGAGCCGGAAUAUGACGCAGAAGAAUUCGACCCCGACCAGCCACCUGCCGAGCGGGGGGACGACCUCGGAGCCCGCGGCGCCAUCCGCUACAGCCCCGUGGUGGUGGAGCGGCCCGGCUCGCUGGCCGUGCAGCAGGCGGCCGCGCUGCCCGCGCUGCCCGCGCAGCCCGCGCCCGCCGCGCCGCCGCCGGCCGACCUGCCCGCCGCCGGCCUGCCCUCCGCCGGCGCCUCGGCCGCAGGCACGCCCGCGGCCGGAGCCAGCCGCCGGGACUCCCAGCUGACCGACAAAGGAUAUUUCGAUGUCAAGUAUUAUCAUAACAAACUGUGGUAAACAUUACACGUUAGAUACAACGACCUCUGUCCCCUAUUCCUCUGUUUUAUCCACAAAUUCCGAAACAACUAAUGUUGUACGUCGUAUUGAUGUUUGGUGUCGUUGUUGUACCUUGGUGUGUAAGUAUGGACGUGAUACCAGCGGUAGCGUCGACAGGUGCAGCCCGUUGCCUCGUACACGCCUGUACCACCUGUACCGGCUGCACGCAACGGUUACGCUCUGUAUAAUAAUACUUAUUAUUAUCCGCCAGUGUCAUCGCAGUUUCUAUUAAGUUAGCAUUUAUUUUAUGAUAUGUCAUCCUUUGUUUGUAAUAAACUAUUAAGAUGUCCGUAUGUACCAAUCAAACGAUUAAUUCAAUUGUUUCUUCAUAAAUUUGUAUAUUGAAUAAGUAGGUACAAUGUACUCAUUGGGACCGAAAGUCGAAAGGUGUACACGUCGCCGUCGUGUAUAUAAACCAUCUGAUAAAUAUUGAACACAAGAACAGCGCAACUUUAAGUAACUUGCGUAGCAUUUAUAGCUUGAAGCUACUAUGGCAUGUGAAACAUCCACAAAGAUUGGCAUAGACGUAACAAAUUGUAUGCGCAGCCUGGGUACACACUAGGCAUGAACUAGGCCUACACAUUGUGCCAUCGAAAAUGUAAAUAUAAAUCUUGUAUGAACCAAAACACAUUAUGUGAUAAAUAUUUAAGAAUAGCUUACUUACUUUAAUUAUAUAAUGAUAACCUUCGGAACUUGGAGUACCGAUUGCUAUUGACAAGUGUAAUAAAUGAAGUUUAUUAAGUAAUGAGUCAGCCCGAGCAGUGGCGACGGCCGCGGCUCGUUGCGAGUUAUUGCAGCUACUGCAGGUACGGACUUAUUCAUUUGCUGGGGACGCGCGAUGCCUGGCAGCCUGGCACGCGCGUGUUGUGUUGCACGACAUAAUAAGUCUUAUUAACGGUGACGUCACGUGGGGCCCAGUGUAGGGCGACAUUCCAGUGUUGUAACUUAAUAUGUGUACUAAACUCAUUAAUAGAUGUAUGGCUGAUAUAACCAACAUACUCAUACCAUAGUGAAUGCAUUAAGAUUAUUCCGUAAUUUAGUUAAGUAAUUGUGAGCGGUUCGCGCAUAUGCCGUAACUGUAUGAGACGACGAUGUCAUGUAACGUAAUGAACUCAAUAAACAAUAUUUAAUCCCA